GAAAACCUGGGGAGACGAAAUACUUUAAUCAAAAAGGAUCUCAUCUAAUCUAAAAGGAUCCCUUCUAAUUAGGAGAUAAGAACGUUUCGUCUUCGACUGCACGGGAAGGGCGCACGGAAACACGUCAUUUAGAACAUCCCGGGCUCUAACAUCCAGGUGGCGGUGCCACUUUUCUGUUCGAGUCCAAGGAGGCCGAGACCGCCCGGCUGUGGUUUCGAACUCGCGGCAAGGGCGCGCGGUCUGGGGAGGAGCUCGGGCUUCGCGUUCCGCGUUGCCUGGCCCGGCGCGGCCGCCGUAGCGGGGAGGGCCUGGGCUACGGUGGCCGCGGGGCGGCGGCGGCGAUCGGACUCCGUGGGCCGGCGCCGCCAUGGGCAACCUGUUCGGCCGCAAGAAGCAGAGCCGCGUCACGGAGCAGGACAAGGCCAUCCUGGUGGACUCCAUGCUGCCUAUGAUCCUCCGCUGAGACCUGACUUUACAGCAGGGCAGUCUGGCCAUACCUGCCUGCCUUUGGCCCCUGGGUCUCCCCAGCAAUGGGGCUGGGCAGGGGGCACCUUUUCCUGUAGAAGUGAGAGGACCCACAAGUUUUGGCACUGGGAAGGGGAGCCUCCUGGAUGGAGGGAGCCGGGAAUGAGCUCUCUCAGCAACUGAAGCAGCAGCGGGACAAGCUGAGGCAGUACCAGAAGAGGGUCGCCCAGCAGCUGGAGCGUGAGCGCGCCCUGGCCCGGCAGCUGCUACGGGACGGCAGGAAGGAACGGGCUAAGCUGCUGCUCAGGAAGAAGCGAUACCAGGAGCAGCUCCUGGACAGGACAGAGAACCAGAUCAGCAGCCUGGAGGCCAUGGUUCAGAGUAUUGAGUUCACUCAGAUUGAAAUGAAGGUGAUGGAAGGGCUGCAACUGGGAAAUGAGUGUCUGAACAAGAUGCACCAGGUGAUGUCCAUUGAAGAGGUAGAGAGGAUCCUGGAUGAGACACAGGAGGCCGUGGAGUACCAGCGGCAAAUAGAUGAGCUCCUGGCAGGAAGCUUCACUCAGGAGGAUGAAGAUGCCAUCCUGGAAGAACUGAGCGCAAUCACUCAGGAACAAAUAGAGCUGCCCGAGGUUCCCUCCGAGCCCCUUCCUGAGAAGAUCCCAGAGAAAGUCCCUGUCAAGUCCAGGCCAAGGCAGACAGACCUGGUGGCAGCUUCGUAACAUGGCCUCCUCUGGCAGGACUCACAGGGAUGCCCCGGGGACUGUGGCCCUCAGAGAGUUUGGGUCGUGGCCAGCCCCUGACCAGGUACCCUGGAGCCCAGCACCACGGUGCUGAGCAGAGCCGCUGCCACGCAGGCACGCACAGGAGGACCCCAGAGCGUCUCCUGGCACUCGGGCCUGAACACACUCAGGCACCGCUGGCCUGCCCUCAUCUCUGGAUGGCACCCUCCGCCAAGCCCAGCUUCUACCGGCUGUGACUCUUCUGGUGGCCUCGGCCUGGGCCUGACACCCCUGGUGCUGUUCUCCUGCAGCCUCAGCCCCGUGUGGCUCGUGCUCUGCUGUGGGGAAGAUGCCUCCAGACCUUGGGGUCCCCGCGUGCCCUCUUGCCCCUCGCUGCUCUCGUUAGCUGGUGCAGGCUUCUGUGAUGGGCUCCCUCCCUUGGCCUGGCUUCCCGGUGCACCUCAGCUUCCCUUCCGGCAGGGGGAUCCCCGGGAGACCAGCAUGUGCAGAACCUCUCCGUGCCUCCGCCCGAGCCCCAGAUGCCUACCUUCCUGUUUGAAGGCGGUGGGCCAGGGGCAUUCUUGCUGAAUUGACAACUGGAGCCCUGACUUCACCCCUCCACUCAUGGGUCUGACUUCACCCCUGCUACUCAUGGCUCUGCCCACAGGGCUCAGCCCUGCUGAGAUGCCUCCAACGGUUGGGAGAUGCCACCUGAGCAAGUGCAGCAUCCGAAGUUUGUCCGUGGGGGUCCCUGUGUUGGGGGCUCGUGGAACUGCAAGACCUGGGACUCUCCUGCUGUGCGGGCCCCUCAGCCACCAGCAGCCAGGACAGGAGGCUGUGGGGCAUGGCAUGACUUCUCGUCCCCGGGGCUGGUUUGGUUAUGAGGCGAUCUCACUGGGGCCACCCCUACCCAUGGAAAGCCACGAGGACAAAGGGAGCCGCCACCUCGACCCCCAAACGGGCCGGCCUGUAUUAAAGUGGCCCUGCACGCC